CAUUAGCCCAACAACACCCAGCAGUUACCAGUCCUCUGCCCUCUCUCCCGAGCCGGCGGCGGCGCAUGGGCGGGAGCCUCGCCCAGCUGCUCCUCUCAUGCCUCGCCGGCGACCGCCUCCGCCGCGUCCUCCCGCCGGCGCACGCCGUCGCCGUCGUCUCGGGCCUCCUCCCGGACCUCUUCCUCGCCAACCUCCUCCUACGCGGCUACUCCAAGCUCGGCCGCCUCGGGGACGCCCGCGCCCUGUUCGACGGUAUGCCGAGCCGGAACCUCGUCUCCUGGGGCUCCGCCAUCUCCAUGUACGCGCAGCACGGCCGCGAGGACGACGCGCUCGCCCUCUUCGCCGCCUUCCGGGGCGCCGGCGGCGAGCCGCCCAACGAGUUCCUGCUCGCCAGCGCCCUCAGGGCCUGCGCGCAGUCGAGGGCGGCCCGCUUCGGCGAGCAGGUGCACGGCGUCACCGCCAAGCUCGGCCUGGACGCCAACGUCUUCGUCGGGACCGCGCUGGUCAACCUGUACGCCAAGGCUGGCCGCAUCGACGCGGCGAUGUCGGUCUUCGACGCCCUCCCGGUGAGGAACCCGGUCACCUGGACCGCGGUGAUCACGGGGUACUCUCAGGCUGGGCAGGCCAGGGUUGCAUUGGAGCUGUUUGGGAAGAUGGGGCUCGACGGCGUCCGGCCCGACCGGUUUGUGCUGGCGAGCGCCGCCAGCGCCUGCUCUGCGCUUGGGUUUGUAGAGGGCGGCAGGCAGAUACACGCCUACGCGUACCGGACAGCGGCGGAGUCAGAUACGUCGGUGACCAACGCGCUGAUCGAUCUGUACUGUAAGUGCUCCAGGCUCUCGUUGGCUCGCCGGCUGUUUGAUUCCAUGGAGAACCGCAAUCUUGUGUCGUGGACGACGAUGAUCGCUGGCUACAUGCAGAAUUCGCUCGAUGCUGAAGCCAUGUCCAUGUUCUGGCAGCUGAGCCGGGCUGGGUUGCAGCCGGAUGUUUUCGCCUGCACAAGCAUCUUGAACUCGUGUGGCUCUUCGGCAGCGGUAUGGCAAGGAAGGCAGGUACAUGCCCACGCCAUAAAGGCUGAUCUAGAGUCCGAUGAAUAUGUCAAGAAUGCUCUGAUUGACAUGUAUGCUAAAUGCGAGCAUCUAGCAGAAGCGAGAGCAGUAUUCGAAGCCUUGGCAGAAGAUGAUGCGAUUUCUUACAAUGCAAUGAUCGAAGGAUACGCAAGGCUGGGUGACCUUACAGGAGCAGUCGAAAUAUUCAGUAAGAUGAGAUAUUGCUCACUAAAGCCAAGCCUACUGACAUUUGUUUCGCUGCUUGGGGUGUCGUCGUCUCGGUCAGACCUUGAACUGAGCAAGCAGAUUCACAGUCUCAUCGUCAAAUCAGGAACUUCGUUGGACCUAUAUGCAGGGAGUGCUCUGAUCGAUGUCUAUUCAAAGUUUUCCCUUGUGGACGAUGCCAAAGUUGUGUUCAGCCUGAUGCACAACAGGGACAUGGUAAUCUGGAAUGCUAUGAUUUUUGGCCUUGCGCAGAAUGAGCGAGGGGAAGAGGCUGUGAAGCUCUUUACCCAGCUUCGCGUCUCCGGGCUAACACCUAAUGAGUUCACGUUUGUUGCACUGGUGACUGUGGCAAGUGCUCUGGCAAGCAUGUCUCAUGGACAGCAGUUCCAUGCCCAGAUCAUCAAAGAAGGUGCAGACAGUGACCCCCAUGUUUCAAAUGCUCUCAUGGACAUGUAUGCAAAGUGUGGCUUCAUCGAAGAAGGACGGCAGUUGUUUGAGUCAACAUCGGGAAAGGACGUCAUCUGUUGGAACUCGAUGAUUUCGACAUAUGCGCAGCACGGUCAUGCCGAGGAAGCUCUUCGUGUUUUUGGGAUGAUGGGAGGGGCUGGAGUAGAGCCGAACUAUGUGACAUUUGUCGCUGUGUUGUCAGCAUGUGCUCAUGGAGGCCUUGUGGAUGAAGGCUUACAGUAUUUUAACUCCAUGAACACCAAAUACACGGUUGAACCGGGCACCGAGCACUAUGCUUCUGUGGUCAACCUUUUUGGUCGUGCAGGCAAACUGCAUGCUGCCAAGGAGUUUAUCGAAAGGAUGCCGAUUGAACCAGCUGCGGUUGUUUGGAGGAGCUUGCUGAGUGCCUGCCAUCUGUUUGGUAAUGUUGAAAUCGGGACGUAUGCCGCUGAAAUGGCACUCUUGGCGGAUCCUAUGGACAGUGGCCCCUCUGUUCUUAUGUCGAAUAUUUAUGCCUCUAAAGGACUGUGGUCUGAUGCACAGAAGUUGAGACAGGGGAUGGACUGUGCUGGCGUUGUGAAGGAAGCAGGAUAUAGCUGGUGAAGGAGAGGACGAGAACACACAGAGGCAGAAGUGAUACAACAGCUUGUCCAAUGACUAUCUGGCUAGGUACUACUUACUGAAAGAGACCAGAGUUGGAAUGACUUGAUCAGGUCAAAUGCAAAAUUUCCGACCGCGCAUGUUCACUGUGGGCUUGACAAAUGCACCCAGGCACUGCACAUAGCCAUGCUUAACUCUGAUUUGAAGGUUCAGUGUUGUUAGCUACUCAUGAGGUAACAAGAAUACAAUAUUUUCCUUGCAGUAAUUUGAACCUUCUUGUUUCUAAGAGAAAAAGGGAAACUUGAAUCUUCUGUACAGGAAAAUGAUUUUUCAUUGGAUAAUAUUAACUACUGCUUAACUAGCCAAUAAUACUGGAACAUUAGCGUGCUCUGAUUCAGGUGAACUUGUUCCUGAAAAAGUGUAUUAGAAGUUGCUAUUUAUCUAUCUAAUAAGAUAAAGGCGCACUGGAGGGUACCACAUGGUCUUUUUUCUACUAGACUGCGGCUCCAGCGAGGUCGAGUGCCACGUCGUCUGAGCCAGCAUGCUCACAGAGUUCAUCCUUGAUGGCGAUGGCUGGAUGGACUUUGGCGAUGUCAGCCUCGUCGACGGCUACUACAUGCCCCUGCCAUGUCGAUCACAAUAAGCGCUGCCCCCUGUGAGCUCUGCUCCAGUUACGAGGACACCAUCUCCACGUUCGCUUGCAACCACACCAACUACAGCAUGACCUUCUGCCCACAUUCCAAUCCAAACAGGAAAAGCGAGGAGAAACUUGCAGAAAAAGUGAAGAAUAGAUUGAACAUUUAUGUUCAGUGAAACAGAAAGGAAUUUCUUUUUGUGGGUGAAACAAAAAGGAAUCUAUCCAGCUUGCUGCGGCUGAGUUGUGUAAAUUUUCUAAUGCAGCAUAUGGGGAUUGAUAUGCUGAGUACGAGUGGUUACAUGUAUUCAGACAACUGGACAAGGAGCAUGGAAAGAAAGCUAUAAUUUUCGGUCUUCUGCCUAUAGCUGAAUGGUUCAGAAGCAAAGUCCAUUUUGUGCCAUCUGUAGCUGCCCUGGGGUCUGCCCUUUUGGCUGCAGUGAAGGCAUAAGCAACAAGGAGAUCAACAGGAAGAUGAAAGUAAGCCACGUAGUCCGACCCCCUUGUUACAAGGACGUGCACCAGGUCCUAGGCCAGCCAUUCUGCUGUCAAAAGGAUAAGCUGUGCUGGCAAAAUCUCGGAGAAUGCUUCAUAAACUGCCCGUGCAAGAUUAACUGCCUGCCAUCAGUAGCAACACAGCACCACAUCAUACCAACAUCUAAACGCGCAUAGACUGUAUUAAUCCUAUGUUCUUGCUAAUAAUGAAACUAAAAUUGUAAGCCGGUACAUCACUUUAUGUUGAUGUCAUGCAAACUGACAAAGAAACCUACACCAUCAUGUCAUGAGUACUUCUA